AAAAAAGCUUCCCAUCAGCUUGGCUCUCUCUGCAGUUUAAAACCCCUCCAAUCCCUCACCUGAAGCUAGCCCAGAACAGUGUAAACUCGCAAAUUCCCCUCCAGAAACAAGCAAUUCGGGGAAAAAAAAAAUUAAUCUUAUUGGUUACAAAAUCAAGUGUAUAUGCAAAAACCCAUGUGAGAUAUGUAUAUAUUCAUGUUGCCAUAAGCUCCUGAAACUUGAGAGAACGACAAUAUGUCUUUUGGUGGGGGAUUUGGAAAGGACUCAGGUCCUGCUGCACCAAGAAACCAAACCCCAUUUGGAAAUUUCCCUAGGCCUCCUUCCCCAGCUCAACCCUUUACUAGAUCCCCCGGAGAACCUGAAACUUUCAAGAAAAUUAAUUCACGCCCUUCGGCUUUUGAAAGCCGACGCUUGGUGACGAGUCCAUCUCGACCAUCUGCAGAAUUUUCAAGACCCAGUCAAUCUGCUCAUACGUGGAGCAAUGGCCAAAAGUUUUCUUACAAAGACUAUGAUGCUCCGGUUGAUGAAAGCAUUGCAACAGUAGUGCCCUUUGUUCCUUCAAGUACUUUUACACCUAGUGUUCCUGCUAAAGGUUCUCAAUUUCAAGAUACCAGGACAACCGUAUCACCUACUUUGGUGGCUUUUGAUGAAGAGAUUUUGAGAAGAUCCAUAGAUGUUAGAGGAAGUCAUGCAGGUUUUCUUCCUAAAAGUCAGAGCGACUUGUUUCCACAGCAAAUGCAAUCACCUCCUCUGCCUUUACUGGGAAACCCCUAUGCUGAGGGUGCUGGCCCUCCAUUUAGUGAAGUUCAACUCAGGUCUGCUUUGUCUUCCAACAUGUGGGGCGACCAGUCAAAGUCGUCGGGGGAUUUGACCAGCCUGCUCACUCAACCAGUUAUAUCUUCUGUCUCUGCAAAUGCUACUUAUGAUUCUAGAAGAAAGUCCCCAAACAGGCAUGUGGACUCUCAGGUUUCCAAGCGAAGCAGGUCGCCAAAUUUUUCCACCAGUAAUGGUGGCCCCUUAGAGGAUUCUUCACACCUUCAAAAUUCCCGGAGGCCUUCUACAUCACCUCCCAAACCAAGGCUGAGUGCUCAGUAUGUGCCUUCUGGUUCUCAAAGUCGUCAAGAAUCUUCAACAUCAGGGCACCUCAAUAAACCAGAAGUAGUUGCAAAUAAGCCUAUGACCUUUCCAGCUGCCAAAAAAACCAAAUUGCCUUCCUCAUCAACAUUAGAUCAAAUCUUUUGGGAAACUUUCAAUUCCCCGGAGGAUGAGAUAAAUCGAGAGUUGCAAGCCAAAGCAAAGCGGUUGAUGCGAUUCAAGGAUGAAUUGACACAACCAACGGAAAAUGAUCUAGUUUCCAAAAAUCAAAGCUUUUCUGUGAAAAGACAGCAUCCAGUUAUGAUGGAGAAGCGGAAGUUAAAUGGGGAAGAUGCAGUUAAUAUGAUACAGGAUUCCUAUAAUGGUCAUCUCCCUUCUGAUUACGAUGGCCUGGAUUCAUCUGGAAUUAUAACUGGAUUGUGUCUUGAUAUGUGCCCAGAGUCAGAGAGAGCAGAAAGAGAAAGGAAAGGAGAUCUUGAUCAGUAUGAACGCUUGGAUGGGGAUAGAAAUCAAACUAGCAUAUUGCUUGCUGUUAAAAAGUACAACAGGACAGCUGAGAGGGAAGCUGGAAUGAUACGACCUAUGCCAAUCUUGCAAAGGACGAUGAAUUAUCUUUUAAAUUUGCUGAAUCAGCCUUAUGAUGAUAUGUUUCUUGGCUUGUACAAUUUCUUAUGGGAUAGGAUGCGGGCCAUACGUAUGGACCUGAGGAUGCAGCAUAUUUUCAGCCUGGGAGCUAUUAAGAUGCUGGAGCAAAUGAUAAGACUUCAUGUAAUAGCCAUGCAUGAGUUAUGUGAAUAUAAUAAAGGGGAGGGAUUUUCUGAAGGAUUUGAUGCACAUCUUAAUAUAGAACAGAUGAACAAAACGUCGGUUGAAUUAUUCCAAUUGUAUGACGAUCACAGGAAGAAAGGGACAAAUGUAGCUACUGAAAAAGAAUUCAGAGGUUAUUAUGCACUUCUCAAGCUUGAUAAACAUCCAGGAUACAAAGUUGAACCUGCAGAGCUUUCUCUUGAUCUAGCGAAGAUGACACCAGAUAUGCGGCAAACUCAAGAUGUAAUAUUUGCUCGUGAUGUAGCAAGAGCCUGCAGAACAGGCAACUUCAUUGCCUUCUUUAAGCUUGCACGGAAAGCUAGCUAUCUUCAGGCAUGUUUAAUGCAUGCACAUUUUGCAAAGUUACGAACCCAGGCACUCGCUGCUUUACAUAGUGGUCUGCAGAACAACCAAGGAAUUCCAAUAGAUCAUGUCUCUGCAUGGCUUGGCAUGGAGGAAGAGGACAUAGAAGAUCUUCUUGAAUACUAUGGGUUCUCUAUAAAGGAGUUUGAAGUACCAUAUAUGGUUAAGGAUGGUCCAUUUCUGAAUGCUGACAGUGACUAUCCUGUCAAGCGUUCACAACUUGUUAAUAAGAAAAAGUCUAGCUCCAUUGUUGAGGAUGUCUCAUAUUCUUGUCUAGCCAAAUCAUCUUCUCCUAAAGAAGCUAGAGUACUCGAGUUGAAUAAGGCUGUCGAGCAUAAACCGAUCCCCAUCCAAUCUCAGUCUAUUGAGAUUGACAACACUAACCAGGCAAUUGAUGAGGAAAUGCUUGAUUAUGCAUCAUCACCUAAAGAUGACAUCAAAGUGGCACCUACCCCUAGAACAUCAGUCAAAAGGAAACCAUACGAGGAUCAGUUAUCUCCUGCAAACCCUUGUUUGUGGGAUUCCUCUGUCUUUCAUUCCCCUAGAUCACAGCAAAAUAGAAUUGGAAGUAUACAGAAGUCAAAAUUUGACACCCACUUCAGAAAUCCUCUCAGCAGUGACAUACAGGUUGAAUCAAGAGCAUCAACGUUGCACCUUAUGCCUAAGACAGUGGAGAAAGCAAACUUCAUGCUAGCACCAAGUGACUUUGUUGUACAAAAUUCAGUAGCAAAGCAGCCAAUAAUAGAACAAUUUGGAGAAGAGCAGGUUGGUGUUAACAAAGAAGAAAUGACUGAGGAAGUGUCUACAGUAAAUUAUGAUGAUGAAGUUUCUGAAGCAAAACUUAAGCUGAUUUUGAGGAUUUGGAAGCGCCUUUCUUUAAAAAAAAGAGAAUUGCGUGUGCAGAAACAGCUAGCAGCAAAUGCUGCUCUGAUGUCCUUAUCAUUGGGGCCUCCUAUUUGGCACCCAGAAAUACAAUCAAGAUCUCCUGGUGAUUUUAACAUUGACCGGCUUAUGAGCAAGAGACUUGAAAUUCGAGAAAAGUCGUGGUCAAGGUUGAAUGUUUCAGAAGUGGUAGCAGCUGAACUUAGUGGAAAAAAUCCAGAUAGUAAAUGCCUUUGUUGGAAAAUUCUUUUACUGGCUGAGCACAGUUCCUAUGGUGAAAAUUGGGGAAAGGAGUUCUCUGAUUUGGCUGCAGUCCCCUGGCUGGUUUCUAAGCUUUUGCCUCCCACAUAUGAUGACGAUUAUACUGCCGAUUUGCCUUUUUCAUCUCCCAAUACGUCAAUAUGGAAAAAGUGGUUCCCAAGUGAAUCUGGCAACGAGGAGAUCUGUUGUUUGACAAUAAUUAAGAAUGCCAAAUUAGAGAACCAGAAUGAGGAACUUGCUGGUGCAAGUGCAAUUGUCUUUCUUGUGUCAGAAUUAAUCCCCUGGGAGUUGCAAAGACAAUGGCUUCAUAACGUUCUGAUGGCUUUACCUUCUGGUACAAGCUUGCCUCUGUUAAUCUUAAGUGGUUCAUGCAGGGAUACUUUAGACACUUCCUCAAUAAUCAAAGAGUUGAGGCUUCAUGACAUGGACCAAUCUCGCAUCAGUAACUUUUCUGUUGCUUAUCUUAAAAGCCAACAAAUGGGUCAGGUUGAUGGAUUUUUUAGUGAUGAGCUGUUGAGAGAAGGGUUACAGUGGCUAGCAAGUGAAUCACCCUCUCAACCUGUACUUCGCUGCAUGAAAACACGUGAAUUGGUACUCUCUCACUUGACUUCUUCAUUAGAGGUUCUUGAUGGCGUGGAUGGUUGUGAAGUGGGCCCAAAUGACUGUAUUUCUGCUUUCAAUGAUGCCCUGGACCAAACUUUGAGGAAAGUAGCUGCUGCUGUUCAUGCAAAUCCUGCCUCUUGGCCCUGUCCUGAAAUUUCUUUGCUGGAGGAGUCUGGUGUUGAUUACAAAGCAAUUUUACAGUAUUUGCCAAGCUUAGGGUGGAGCUCAGCUGCAAGAGUAGAACUGCUUAUGCGUGCAUUAAGUGAUUCUAAGCUUCCGCCUUUUGAGGAUCAUAUCUUUUGGUGGUGUACAAGUUCUAGUAACGGUAACAACAUUGAGAACCAGAGAUCACAGCUGGAAAAUUGCUUAAUCAAGUAUUUAAGUGAAACAAGUCAUAUGAUGGGAUUGCCAUUGGCAUCAAAGGAGGCAGGCAUUAUGCUACAAAAGUUUGCUCAACUCAAGCUGGAUAAUUCAGCUUAUUUUAUUAUACCAAACUGGGCUAUGAUUUUCCAGCGUGUGUUUCAUUGGCGGUUAAUGGAUUUGUCCGAUGAUGCAAUUUCUUCAGCAUAUAUCUUGGUCCAAGAUGACAUUUCCCCGUUAACUUCUGGAUUGCAUGAUAGAGCAGAAGUUAGUACGUCAGUGCCUUACUUGGUCCGUCCUUCUCUUGAUGAAAUGGUUGCCAUUGGCUGUGAUUCUUCAACCGAAGAAAUGCGCGGUUUUGAUCACGGAGCUUCGCGGCCGUGUUCGGCGGCGUGCCAUUCAGAUGGGCAUGAAGUUCCGAAAAUGACUAUUAAUGACAACAACAUGGAGGAUGAUAGAGGGAAUUUUGAGCAAAUCGACACAUCAAUUGCGAAACGAUAUCAUAAAGCCAAUGAUUUGAAGAAUGGUAGCGAAUCCGCUUUGGCUGCCAAGGCCACAGAUGACGCAGACAAAUUAAGUGAACUGUUGGAUAAGUGCAAUAUACUGCAGAGCAUGAUACAAGAGAAGUUAUCAAUCUACUUCUAGAACGCUAGAUUCUUGCUUUUAAGUUUUUGUAACAUAUGUAUUUCUUCUAAUUGCUGCCCCCACCCGCCAAAAAGGAAAGUAAUAAUUUUUGUCCAUCAUGGCGGGUCUUGUAAUUUAUUGCGGUGAUGCAUUGCAAUGAGAAUCUGACGAGCAUUGCAAGAUU